ACCCUUCUAGACGAAACCACGAGAAUGCCCCCGGAACAAACAGCUCACAACACACCCACCGGCCACCGUGGACAUUUAAGUAACUUCACCAUCCAAAGAACGCUAUUUGUAUUCCAUCCCACCAUCUUGGACCAACCAAUUAAGAAACCUUAAUCCUAAUCUCCCCCGAAAAUUGGGGUUUAGGGAUUAGGGAUUAGGGGCGCUGCAAGCCAUGGCGUGGAGCGUUUGCAUCAACGAAAUCCUGACGGACGACGAGCUGCGAGCGAUUCUGGGGAGGCUGGGGAGCGAUAAGGACAAGGAGGCGUUCGGUCUGGUCUGCAAGAAAUGGCUGUACCUGCAGAGCACCGAGAGGAAGAAGCUGGCAGCGCGUGCCGGGCCCCACAUGCUCCGCAAGAUGGCUGCCAGGUUCUCCAGGGUCGUGGAGCUCGACCUCUCUCAGUCGGUUUCCAGGUCAUUUUAUCCUGGGGUUACCGACUCCGAUCUCCGCGUUAUUGCCGAUGGGUUUAGGUGCCUCAGAGUGCUCUAUUUGCAGAAUUGCAAGGGGUUUCCUUUGUUAUUGUUCUUUGCAGGAAUUACUGAUGCUGGCAUGGUUGAAAUUGGACGCGGUCUUUCUUCCCUACAAUGCUUGGAUGUAUCCUAUUGCAGGAAGUUAACUGACAAGGGAUUGUCAGCUGUUGCUGAGGGCUGUUGUGACCUACGAAACCUACAUCUUGCUGGCUGCAGAUUUGUUACAGACAAAUUAUUACAUGCUCUUUCCAAAAACUGUCAUAAUCUGGAAGAGUUGGGGCUGCAGGGAUGCACCAAUAUAACCGAUUCUGGACUCACAGCUCUUGUAAAUGGGUGUCGACGGAUCAAAUUUUUGGACAUCAAUAAAUGCAGCAAUGUUGGAGAUAGUGGGGUUUCAAGUGUUUCCGAGGCUUGCUCUUCUCUUAAGACGCUUAAGUUGUUGGAUUGCUACAGAAUUGGGGAUGAGUCUAUAUUGUCCUUGGCAAGAUUCUGCAAAAAUCUUGAGACUCUAAUUGUAGGUGGCUGCCGAGACAUCUCUGAUGAGUCUUUAAAAUCACUUGCUGCUGCUUGUAAAAAUAGUCUGAAGAACUUGCGGAUGGAUUGGUGUUUAAAUGUGUCUGAUUCUUCAUUGAGAUGCAUCCUCAGUCAGUGCAGAAACCUAGAGGCUCUCGACAUCGGGUGUUGUGAGGAGGUGACAGAUGCUGCUUUUGAGGGUUUAGGCACUAGAGAAAUUGAGUCGGGUUUGAAGGUUUUGAAGGUUAGUAACUGUCCAAAGAUUACAGUGGCCGGAGUAGGUGUGCUUUUGGACAAAUGCAACUCUCUGGAAUAUCUGGAUGUGAGGUCAUGCCCACAUAUUACGAAGGCGGGUUGUGAUGGGGCUGGAUUGCAAUUUCCUGCAUGCUGUAAAGUGAACUUUGCAGGGAGUUUAUCUGAACCUGAUGUUUUGGUUUAGGAGCCUUCAUUUGAACAGUUUGGCAUCCUGGAAAAAUUCUUCCCUUUAAAGCUCUCACACAGCAACCACUGCUUCUGAAAGCUUGACGGGUUACUGCAACUGGUGAAGGGUUAAUCCUACAAUUAUUCCUGCUCAUCUCCCUCAGAUUUUACAUGUAUGUGUUGCGUGUACAUUGUCUUCUUCCCCGCCUCUUCUUUGAACUAUGAAAUAAUGUAGUAAUUUGUUCCCUGGCCAGGAUUGGAUAUUGGCCUAAUAAUAUAAUUAUGAGCUGUUGCAAACAAUUA